GCCCUGUAUCUGGCGGUGAGUUUAAAGCGUCCAAGUUGGAGGGCUGAGGAGAACCGGGCAGUUCCUUCAUGUUGUCCACGGAUUGUACCGACCGAACCGCGAGCGCUGACCCAGAGGAGAGGCCCACAGACAGCAUGCCCCUGCAGGAUCUGCCCUGCCUCAGCCUCCAGGGCUCCAUGUUGUCUCAUUGCAACAGGACCAACAAACGCAAGUCCAGAGGCUGCCUGAGUGAGGGCCUGGACACAGAGUGCACCCCCACAGAGCUCAUCCAGCAGUGGUCGCCCCGACACAAGCACCAGCGGCUCAUCAGCAAAGGGAAGGAGAACGACUGCAACCAUUUUGUCCUGGCCAGGAGGUCCAGGAGGAAGAAGGACUCCACGUCAGGUAUUUCAUGGGACCACUUACCGGACGAGCUGCUUCUCAAGAUCCUCUUCUACCUCCCUCUGCAGGACCUGCUCAGGAUGUCCACAGUCUGCAAGCGCUGGCACCGCUUAGCGUUUGACGAGUCUCUGUGGCACAGCGUGGAUCUGGAGGGGUUGACCCACAUGGGUGCGGCUCUGCAGCAGGUUCUGAAAACUGGGGUCCGCAGGCUGCGCUGCCCUCGCUCCUUCGUGGAGGAGCUGCACUUCACAGUCUCGGGCUCACUGCAGAUGGUCCAGAUGGAUCUGUCCAGCUCCAUCAUCCCCACCUCGGCUCUGGAGAGCAUCAUCUGUCAGUGCAGGUUGCUGGAGCAUCUGAGCCUGGAGGGUCUGCGGCUCUCAGACACCAUCAUCAACUCUCUGUCCAAGAACGUGAACCUGGUGCAGCUCAACCUGAGCGGCUGCUCCGGCUUCUCUGCUGCUGCUCUGGCUGACAUGCUCAGAUCCUGCUCCAGCAUAGAGCAGCUGAACAUAUCAUGGUGUGAAUUCAACAGUGAUCAUGUGAAGAGUGUCAUCAGUAACCUGAGCUCAGGUGUUACUCACCUCAACCUCAGCGGCUACAGGGAGAGCCUGAUGCUAGACGAUGUGAAGGUGCUGGUGGAGAGGUGUCCUCACAUUCAAACUCUAGAUUUAAGUGACAGCACUCAGCUGAUGGCCGACAGCUUCCCCGUCUUCGCACAACUCAAGAAUCUGCUGCACCUGUCCCUGAGCCGCUGCUAUCACAUUCACCUGGCUGCUCUCACGGACCUGGGGAAGACAUUGCCCACGCUGUGUCUCCUGGACGUCUUCGGCCUCGUACAAGACGGCCACCUGCCCUCCCUGAAGAAGGAGAUGCCUCGUGUCAGCAUCAACUCCAGACCUUUCUCCGGCGUGGCCCGGCCCACGCCCUCCAGCAGGCUCGUCGGUUUCCUCAACGACCGCACAAUGUGGAACAGGAAGUGUCGCCUGAGGUUCAGGCUGUAACCGCCACACCUCCCUCUGAGCUGAGUCCGUCUCUGUUGCGGCAGCGUCCCAGCACACAGAGGAGUCCAGCCUGAGGUGCAGUGAUGGAGCCAUGUUUCAGUUUCCUGCUGCUACUGAAGAAGCUUUUAGAGAUGUUGGCAUUGACGGUACUGAAGCCAAGUCCUGGACCAGGUCUUUAAGUACUGAACAUGCUCAUAGAGAAGUGUUCUUUAUUUUUUAGAGUCAAGUCAUUUGAAUGUUGCUCCAGUUCAUGUUGGAGUGUGUGAACAGAAUGUGUGUAAAUAUGUGGGACAGCUGAUUCCUGAUGUUUUAAUAUGAUGAUCAGCUGAGAUAAUGAGAAACAGCUGAUUUUAAUCAGUAGGUUUUUAUGUGAAAUGAUGUUUUAAUGAACCACAGUGUUCAACAGGAGCUGGUUUAUAUUGUUGUAAAUGAUCAGGAGCUGAACUGUGUCAGUGUUCCCCACUGAUCAUUAACCUGACCCUCAGCUAUACAGCAGCUGCUCAGCUGCUUUCAUAAUGAUCAGGGUUCACAAUGAUCAGUGUGGUUGAUGCUCAAGAUUAUCAUUUCAUUCCGACUGAACUUUAAUGUUUUACCUUGUAAACUGUUCAUUUCCUUCAAGUAAAA